AUGGAUAAAUCGUGGGUCUGGUUACCAAGGAAUAGCCUUGAGUAUGAGAAAGGAGCUAGUGAAUUUGUGUCUUCUUCAUCAAGACGUUUAGGAGAUCCAGCUGAAAUGUUCUGCCCUUGUGUUGAUUGUCGCAAUGUCUGCCAUCAAGCUUGUGAGACAGUUUUGGAGCACCUGGUGAUUAGAGGAAUGGAUCAGAAGUACAAGAGUUGUGUGUUUUGGACAAAACACGGGGAGACAAGACCAGAUAAGUCAGCUGAUGUGUACUCAUCUGAAAAUGAGGCUUACGAGUUGUUCAGAACGACUUUCUUGGCAAGUGAAGGCAAUGAGACUGCUGAACAAGAGAAUGCAGGAGCGUUUGAGGGGCCUGACAGUCCAGAAGAGGCUGAGUUCAGAAAGAAGUUAGAGGAUGCAGAAACUCCGUUGUACCCGGAGUGUGAGAAAUUUUCAAAAGUUGCUGCAAUCAUGGGACUUUACAGGAUAAAGGUGAAGAGUGGGAUGUCUGAGAACUAUUUUGAUCAGCUACUGUCCUUGGUUCAUGACAUGCUUCCCGUUGAAAAUGUGCUACCUAAGUCUACUGAUGAGAUGAAGAAGUUUCUGAAACAGUUUGGUUUUGGCUACGACGUCAUCCACGCCUGCAAGAAUGACUGUAUUUUAUAUAGAAAACAGUAUGAAGAUGCGGUCAGCUGUCCAAGAUGUAGUGAAUCAAGAUGGGAGAAGGAUAAGCAAUCUGGUGAGGAGAAGAAAGGGGUUCCUGCUAAGGUGCUUAGGUAUUUCCCGAUCAAAGACAGGUUCAGGAGAAUGUUUAGAUCAAAGCGGUUGGCUGAGGAGUUGUGUUGGCACUCCACUAAUGCUUCUGAAGAUGGAACUAUGCGACAUCCAGUGGAUUCGUUGACUUGGGUGCAGAUAAACAACAAAUGGCCGGAGUUCGCAGCUGAGGCAAGAAACCUAAGACUAGGUAUUUCAACCGAUGGCAUGAAUCCAUUCUCCAUCCAGAACACCAACCACAGCACAUGGCCUGUUCUCUUGGUCAACUACAAUAUGUCUCCAACGCAGUGUAUGAGGUCCGAGAACAUUAUGUUGACCAUGCUAAUUCCUGGCCCAACCGCACCUAGCAACAAUAUUGAUGUAUAUCUACAACCAUUGAUGGAAGACUUGCAGGAACUGUGGACAGAAGGUAUACAAGUUUAUGACGCCUUUAAGAAGGAGAGUUUCACUCUUAGAGCCAUGUUGCUGUGGAGUAUCACAGAUUACCCUGGUUUAGGAACUUUAGCUGGUUGUAAAGUGAAGGGCAAGCAAGCGUGUAAUGUCUGUGGGAAGGAUACACCACAUAGGUGGCUAAAGUUCAGUCGUAAACAUGUAUACAUGAAGAACAGGAGGCGGCUCAUGCCUAGUCAUCCAUACAGACGAAAGAAAGGAUGGUUUGACAAUACGGUUGAGGUUGGUUCUGCAAAGAGGAUUCAGAGCGGUUCAGAAAUAUUAGACAGUAUAAGGGACUUUAAAAACGAUUUUGGAAAACUCUUACCUAAGAAGAGUAAGAGAAAGAGGAGUGAAGGAGAUGAGGAUGAUGUUGUUUCAGCUGAGGAGUACGAAGAAGAUCAUGAUAUGUGGCGGUGGAAGAAAAAAUCUAUUUUCUUUGACUUACCUUAUUGGAAGGAUAUGCCUGUGAGGCAUAACAUCGACGUGAUGCACGUGGAGAAGAAUGUGAGCGAUGCCCUGUUGUCUAUUCUGAUGAAUAGUUGCAAAUCAAAGGAUGGCCUGAAAGCGAGAAAGGAUUUAGAAGAUAUGGGUAUUCGAAGCAGCUUACAUACACAAGUAAGGGGGAAGAGAACUUAUCUGCCUCCAGCUGCGUAUUGGCUCUCUAAAGAAGAAAAAAAAAUAUUCUGCAGAAGAUUAUCCAACUUCAGAGGCCCUGAUGGAUAUUGUGCAAAUAUAUCCAAUUGUGUCUCACUGGAUCCUCCUUCUAUUGGCGGCAUGAAGUCACAUGACCAUCAUGUUCUUAUGCAGAAUCUGUUUCCGGUUGCGUUGAGAGGUUUACUCCCAAAAGGACCUCGGAUUGCAGUGAGUCGUAUGUGCAAUUACUUCAACAGAAUCUGUCAACGCGUUCUUGAUCCUGAGAAGCUACUUGCUCUAGAAACAGAGAUUGUGGAGACAAUGUGCCAGUUAGAGAGAUUCUUUCCACCUUCAUUGUUUGAUAUCAUGUUCCACCUUCCACUGCAUCUGGCGAGAGAAGCACGAUUGGGUGGCCCUGUACACUUCAGGUGGAUGUAUCCAUUUGAGAGGUAUAUGAAGACACUGAAAGCUUUUGUGAAGAAUUUUGCAAGACCUGAAGCUUGUAUGGCAGAGGGUUAUCUAGCCGGUGAAUGUCUUGCAUUUUGUAUGGAGUUCUUACAGAAAUCGGUACCAGUUGAGGAACCAAUGACAAGAAAUGAAGAUUUAGAGGCACAUGAUAAUGUACUUGAAGGGCGCCCUUUGCAAAAAGCUACAGAAGUGAAACUUACUGAUAAGGAGAGCUCAUCGUUAUGUCCUCAUGAAUACUGCAGUGAUGGAUCCUUAUGUUCAGAUGCAUUUAGAGGAACUUCAAGCAAAAGAUGGAAGAUGUGCAAGAAAUGGUACCAUAUUAUGGAAAACUCAUACAGAAAGAUACCAAAUAACUCAAAGGAUCAUUCUCAGCGGCUCAGAUGGCUUGCGUUUGGACCAAGGAAUGUCGCACACACCUACAAGGGAUAUAUAGUUAAUGGACAUCGAUACCAGACAGACGAUGUCAAAAGGAAGACUCAGAACUGUGGGGUUUCAAAUGAAGCAUUCUCCAUGUGCAGAGCUAGUGCGAAAGAUUCUAAUCAAAUGGCGGACAUGGUAGCAUACUAUGGAGUCAUAAAGGAGAUCAUAUUGCUUGAUUACCACAUGUUUCAGGUGCCUCUGUUUAAGUGUAGUUGGGCACAUAAAGGGAAAGGUGUUAAAGAGGAAGACGGUUUUACACUUGUGAAUCUCCACACGAACCAGUCAGCAUUUGUUAAUGAUCCAUACAUUCUGCCUUCUCAAGCUAAACAAGUUUUUUACUCAAGAGAGGAUGACAGCUCUCCUUGGUAUGUUGUUAUGAGAGCACCUCCGAGAGGAUAUCAUGAGUUAGAGACUGAAGAGGAAAUUUGCCCUGCAACGUUAACAGUCCAGCAUGAUGAAGAUAUCGGAGAUCACGCUUCAGAUGACGAGAGUUUUUGUGUUAGGAAUGAUUGUGAGGGUAUUAUUCUUUGA